AUGGACAAUCCGCAGUAUUAUCAACCCUUGUCGCACGCCCUUCACCCUCCUUUGGUUCCUACUUCGCAGCCCCCUCAACAACCUUACAACUAUAGCUCUCACGCGCAAGUCACUGCCGCAAAUGGCACUAACACCCGCGAAGAGGAGGAGGAAGAGGAGGAUGAUGAUGAGGAAAUCGUAGAGGAGGAACUGGAGCACCGUGAGCCGACACACGCGAGUAGCCACUCCUCUCCUCGCGUACAGAGUACAGUACAGGCGGGGGCUUCAAAACCGGCCGCGGCAACUGCCAUCUCGACGACAAACACGCCAACUUCAACAACUCAGGACCAAACUCAAAUAUCCGCUACAGACGAUGACUCUGGCAAACGAAAGCCCGGUCGCCCAAGAGGGUCCAGGAAUCGUAAGCCUCGAGCACCUCCAGGGACCUCAACAAAGGCACCGACUAACCCGCAGCAUCCCGGAUUCUAUCAUUAUCCGCCUCCCCCAAGCGGUGCAUUAUCACCGAACCAGCAAUUCCAUGAGUUCCAAUGGCGUGCUUUAAAUCUUUGUUCGGAGUUCUACAACGCAGCAGAGGAGCUCAUCAAAGCUGCCUCACCAAUUGUCAUAGCCCAAUGUUAUCAGAUGGGUCCUGCGGCCAAGAUUGAUCCCUUGGCGAUGAUUGCGGAGGCGAAGCGAGUCUGUGAUAACAUUCUUGCCAACCCCAGUCAGCUGGUGGGUCACCCAGUUCCAAGUAUCUACAAUCUGUCUCCGUAUCCUCAAAUGCCUCCGCCGCCUACUACAAUGGCAUCGACGUCGUCUAGUGGUGCCGCCACCUCAUCUGUGAUAACUAAUCCGCAGUCAUUCGUGAUGCCUUUGGGCAAUCCUGCAAUGCCUCCCCCCUCUCAUGCGCCCCAGCCAUACUACCCACAUAUGUACCCUGCAACUGCUGCGAGAUAUCCCACUGCGCCGUACUAUUCCUAUCCUUCUCAGCCCUCGACCUACUAUCCACCUCCACCUCAGCCUGCGGCGCCACCCGCGCAGACCUCGCCUCCACCCCCACCAACUACUUCGUCCACAGGAACUAUAUCCACAUUCAAUGCCGCUACUGGCUCUGCAGCGCCCGGUGGACAGCAGGGAACUUGGUCAGAGGAGGAACAGGAUCGUUUGUUGAAGCUUGCAGAACAGAGCAGAGAAAUGGGCGGGCCUCAGAAUAAGGGUGAGAUCGAGUGGGACUGGGUGGUUCAACAAUGGGGUAAUAGUAGGACCAGACACCAGAUCCUGUUGAAAGCAACGUCUAUGGGUCUCAAGGAGAGCACAACACGAGGGACUAAGCGACGGCGAGAAAAUGAUCCAUCACAUCCAGAGAGCUCGGAGCACAAUGCGGCCUCACAGCCAACUUCUGCGUCCGGCCCUGCUCCUGGACCUCCCACUGCUACACCUACGCAAAGUCAAACCCCUACUUUGGCAGCCGCCAGUACUCCAACCAAUGCCUCUGCUCACGCAGCUAAUGCGUCACCGUCUCUCCAGUCGCGACGAACACCCUCAACAACGCCAGCGACGAUUGCUCCCGCUCGCACGACUUCGACUGGUCCCUGGCCUAUGCCCACUGUAGCAGCGGCGAAUACAUCUCCUAUUCUUCCCACCUCCUCUGCCCAAGCAGAUCGCAACGCCCACUACAGGGGUCGUCCACAGGCAGCAUCGUAUGGGGCUACUAAUGGGGCUACCUCAAAUGCACCGUACGGUACCGCGCCGCCUACUUCUAGUGCGUCCUACGGCGCCCCAACUUCAGCUUCGGCGACAUCUCGACCGCCAUCGUCGCACGGAAGCAGUGCGACGACACACCAAUACAUGUUUCGUCCCGCAAAUGGACCAGCGAGCACGGGACGCAGAGACGGAGCGUAA